CAGCACAGAGGCCCAGACAGCUGGGGAGAAACAGGAGCAAGACAACCAACCAUGAGCACCAGCCAGUCAGGGGUCUGCCCAUGCCAGGGCUCUGCAGCCCGCUCCACUAUCCUAUACGCACUUCUGAGCCCCAGCCUCAGGACCAGGCCCGCUGCGCCCACCUCCGGCAGCCACUGCCUGUGCCAGCAGCACCGGCCCGUCCGUCUGUGUGCUCCGCACCGCACCUGCCGGGAGGCCUUGGAUGUCCUAGCCAAGACAGUAGCCUUCCUCAGGAACCUGCCAUCCUUCUGCCUCCUGCCGCUUGACGAUCAGCGGCGGCUCCUAGAGAGCUGCUGGGGCCCGCUCUUCCUGCUUGGGUUGGCCCAGGACACUGUGACCUUUGAAGUAGCCGAAGCUCCGGUGCCCAGCAUACUUAAAAAGAUCCUGCUGGAGGAACCGAACAGUGGUGCCGAGGGUACCCAGGCUCCAGAGCCGCCACAGCCGUCACUGGCUGCUGUGCAGUGGCUGCAGCGCUGCCUGGGGUCUUUCUGGAGCCUUGAGCUGGGUCCCAAGGAAUAUGCCUACCUGAAAGGAACCAUGCUCUUCAACCCGGAUGUGCCAGGCCUCCAGGCCUCCUGUCACAUUGCACACCUGCAACAGGAGGCCCACUGGGCACUGUGUGAAGCCCUGGAGCCCUGGUACCCAGCCAGCCAGGGCCGCCUGGCCCGAAUCCUCCUCAUGGCCUCCACUCUCAAGAACAUCCCCUGCAGCCUCCUGGUAGACCUCUUCUUCCGCCCUAUCAUCGGAGAUGUUGACAUCGCUGAACUGCUCGAAGACAUGCUUUUGCUGAGGUGACCUGCAGAAUGGUGGGCUCCGGUUCCUCCAGAGGGGAGCCUGAAAGGCAGCGCUCAGCUACCCAGGAGCAGACCUGAGCUCAGCCACAACCCCAGCGUGGACUUCCUUGGUUUGGACACAGUGGACUGUCUAGCAGGCCCUUGCUGGCUCCCAACACCUCUGGGCCAAAAUGCCUUUCCCUGCCUAGGACAGGGAUGGGAAUAUGAGGCUGUACAGGCAAGAAUUCCUCCUGAUUUUGUAUAGAACAAAAUUAAGUUAUUGAUUUUUGUAAUAAAAGGUAUGACACGCUGA